AUGCCCCGUCUCAAAGAAGGUACUUCGCUAUGGCGAGCUAUAAAGGAAAUGGCAAAUAAUCAGACCGAACCAGGCCAUCCGGCUUCGAUGUCAGUGGUACAGAUGGCAACUGCUGAAGAAACGUUCGAUAUACCCGAACAACAAGAUGCCAAUUCUUCAAAUACGCCCACGACUCAUAUUUCACAACGCGUAACGAGAUCCGGGAGCGGCCACGGUGGAACUUCUCCAUGGGUCCGCCGUACUACGCGCAAUGUGAAUCAGGUUUCUCGGGAUCAAGUUCUAACUGAAGAGGAACAGCUGGAGGCUACUCUGGCUGAAUCUCUGGCACAAGACUCCGCAAUGCCCGCUCAGAAAGACCCAGUAAAGCAGACACGGAAGAGGCCCUCAAAGUCCAGGGGUCUCCUGACUUCGCGGAAAGCGCAGGAAGCAUUAUCUCGACUCCCUGGACAACACACUGCUCUGAAGCUGCCAAAGUUAAGAAUUACAAACGACAGGAUAUUGGUUGUAAGGGAAGUAGACAGCCUAGCGCAAUCGCUGGAUACUGACGAACCAUUGGAUGCUUUCGAUCUUGAGCAAGCUAAGGACCUCGAACGUCAACAACAACUCCUCUCUCUAUCCAUGCUCGAAGGACAGGAAGGCUACAUACCCCCUGUUCAAGGUGAGCAUGAAAGCGCUAUGCGCAGCACGCUUGUUCAUGAUGUGGAUAACGAUGACUUCACUGCUGCAUUUAUCCUAAGGGAGAUGGCAAACAGUGACAUCACCGCUGAUCCUGCGAGUAUGGAUUUUGUCCAGCAACUCAUGAAUCCGGCCGCUCCUGGAACGACUUUGGAGUCGACUAACUUGGCUAAGGAAGAAACCCCGCGCGAGGUUAUACCCCUUCGUCGUUCGACACGAAAGAAGACUGCCGCUGCUCCCGGAGCUGGGAACUCGUCCUCAAAGGCCAUCGAAUCUGAGCAACCGGCACCUGAGCCCUUGAAAUUGGAUGAGGGCGAAGGUUUCAUGCCAUCCGCGGCAAACGACUUCAAGUUUAAGUACGACAGCCCUUCCGGGCUUCAAGCUAAAGAACUUGACGCACUUCUGAAGCCUCCGAGUCGUCCUAAGGCCUUUCCGGCUGAUCUUGCUGGUGAGAAGGCUUUCGGCCAUAAGAGCUACAAAGGUUUUGGUAGUAGGCCGAAGGAGAAUGCUGCAAACGAUAGGGUCAGAGAAAUGGAACUCGAACAUGCGCGAACACAGCAAGACGUAGAUAUGGCUAUGGAGCAAGAGGAUAUGUGGAGCGAGUUGUGGGGCGUUAACGAAUGGGAAGAGUAG